AUGAGAAUGCUAAAUCCUAGAAAAGUCUCGAAAAAUCAUUAUUUUCGGAACUCACAAAAAUGGCGGGUUUAGCAAAAAAUAAAUAUGAACUCUACAAAUGCUCAGCAAAUGAAUCCAUUCACUUCAAAUUUGUCAGAAAAGAGGAAGACUUGGAGGAUGAGGCUUCAACAUUUUUGCCAGAGAUGACGCAUCAAGUAUUUGGAGAAAAUGAGAGCAUUUUUGGAUACAAGGACUUGGUGGUGGAGAUCUACUACACUGCUGCAAAAUUAACAACUUAUGUCAAUCUACAGUAUAUUACAAAAAUUGUUCCAGAAUUACAUGAAGGACUUAAGCCUGAUGAUGUCAUUGGACAGUUACGAGAUGUAAUUCCUGCAGGAUUUCUCACUAGUAGAGAUGCCUUCAUUAACUCGAUACCAAAAGAUGCUGAUUUCAAACCAUUUGGAAAACUCGUGCACUCAUUUAAUGUACGAAGAGAAGGAAAGGAGCGCCAGUUUGAGAUCUACAAGACAGGGAUAGAGAGCCCAGGAUUCCGGGCGUACCACGAGCGACUACAAACCUUCACCUUGUUCUAUAUUGAUGCUGCCUCCUUCAUUGAUGUGGACGAUGAAAGAUGGAGAUUCUUUUUACUGUUUGAAAAAUACAAGUGCAAUGGAAACCCGAUGUAUGCAGUGGCGGGCUACAUGACGGUUUACAAUUACUACGCCUACCCAACAAAAGUGCGGCCCAGAGUCAGUCAAGUAUUAGUCCUGCCGUCGUUCCAGAAGAUGGGCCUGUGUGCUGAGAUGUUGCAGACUUUCUAUAACGACACCUACUCAAGGAAAGAGGUGCUAGACAUCACAGUGGAAGAUCCUUCAGAAAAUUUCCAGAGAGUUCGAGAUUAUGUGGAUGUCAAGAACUGCCAAGGUCUUUCAUCAUUUCAGUCAGAAAAGCUAUUGAAAGGUUUCUCGGAGGAAAUGCAAAAGGAGGCUUGUGAAAAAUUCAAACUAAAUAAGAAACAAGCCAGGAGAGUUUAUGAAAUUUUGAGGUUGAAGGUGACGGACAUGGGUGACAAAGAGCAAAGCAAAUCCUACAGACUGGACAUGAAAAGGAGGCUCAAUGCACCGUUCCAGAAAAAUGGUCGCGAUUUUGACAAGCUGAAGAAAGUUUUACAGCCGGAUGAAUUUUCUGCCACUUUGAGUUCCAUCACUGAAGAUCAGAGACACCAGUAUUUAGAGACGACAUUUCAGGAGAAUGUGGAAAUGUAUCGGAAAGUCCUCGAGCGGCUGGCAGCAUCCUAACAUCUGGGGUAUAGUGUUACCAUGGCAAUGGAGGUGCUCAGUUUGACAAUGAAAUCUCGUAUUUGGUUAUUUGGUUGUUUUUUUAAAAAAUAACCUCAUCAUGUCUCUUAUAUUACAUUUCCCGUGUAUUUUCCUUUGUGGGUCCUAGAGUGUAAAAUUUCAUUUUGUUAAGUGUUUACCUCAUUAUUGUAUCAUCAUGACAGAGAAUUCUGUUAACAGUAAAUGUAAGCUUUGUGGAGCAGUAAGAUGGCUGCAGAAUUCUGUUAACAGUAAAUGUAAGCUUUAUGGAGCGGUAAGAUGGCUGCAGAAUUUUCAUUGUCGAUGAUGAAAGACACACAAUUUAUGUACAUAAGUACUCAUGGUCAGGUGUGAGAAAAUACAUAUGUUCAUUUACAUUGUCUUUGUAUUUUCAAAUUUGUUUUUCUUUUGUAUAGUUAUUUUUUUUUAAUUGGCCAAUCAGCUUGUGAAGGAAUCAAAUUUUAAAUGUGAAGGCACUCAUGCAGAAAUUUCACUGUAAAGAAAUGCAUUUUAUGUUAUAACAUAUUCUUGGAUGUGCUUGAAAUUCUGCAUGUACAGUACAACAAUCAGUUCUUGUUAUGCCGGUUUUUAUCAUUCACAUUUUUUUUUGGGAUACAGCUUUUUGAAUUCAUCAUACAUUUUUUAUGCCCUUGAAUUCAUAUAGUUUAAGGUCUGUUUGCCUGUUUCUCUUUUCAACUUUAAAUCUUGAACAACGGAAAGUUCAAGGUCAUUGCUAUGUAAUCUUGAAAGGUCAAGUUCAUUUACUGAAGUUUAAUUUCCACACUGAGGUGUAAUGUGUUUCUAGAGAGACACAGGUUGGAUGGUGUUUUUUUUUUUUCAUUCUGCUCUCCUAGAGAAGCAUUAUAAGGCAGUACAGUUAACUUGAAUCAGGAUUCAUUGGUAUGAAAAUGACGUUUACGUGUGAUUUUGCCUUUGAUCUCUACAAAUCACAAUGGUAGCCAUUUCCUCAUGAAUGUGCUGCAGUUGUGGACAAUGUACGCCUAUAGUACGUCUGUUAUAACGGACGGGAAUUCCGAGAGAAGUGAAAGUAAAAUGUAUAUAGAUAAAGAAAAAAAAAGUGCUUUAGGAGGUAUGCCGUCGUAAAGUGUCGCCGUUCGAAAAUUAACUUUAUUUCUUAAAUGGCUUGAUGAUUACUUCCAUGAACCUUAAGAUAUUUUUUUAAAUCUAGUCAAGCAUCUGGCAUGAUUUUGUUUUACCUACACGUUUAACUGUGUGGGUGUUACAGGCAAGAUUUCCCAUUCUGUUGUUAAUUACUGCUAAAGACGAUUACUGGCUGAGGAUUUAAAGUGUAUCAAUGUGUGCUGUAUAUUCCACCCCUCUGAUCAGGGGAGCAACAUGCUAUUUGUAAACACAACUCCUCCCACUCCCACCCCCCCACCCCACCCCCCCACACUCAAAAGGAAAAAGGAGAGAGAGGGGCUGCACUUGUUUAUCUCUGUCCUUCCAUAUCUUUCUUCCACAUUGCAGUUCCUAUUUCCAAUUUGUUGGGAACAUGCAUAUACCUGCCCAGUACCUAUAAAGAACUUUUUUCAUUUGACCCAUUUUGAAUGGGGUAAUUUAGUCCCAUUAUCACAGCUCUUACUGUUCAUUGUUCGAGUUAACCGAGUUACGGUAUACCAUAUUCCCUCAAAUCUCUUUCAAGUUUUAUAGUUCCUUUUCACAUACUGUAAACUCCUGAUACAGUCUCCUUCACAUACUUUAAACUUCUGAUACGGUAAACUCAUUGUAAAUUCAUGUUACAGUAAGGUUCAUUGACUGUAUAAUCUCCUGGGACUAAUAAAUUCGAAAUCAAAUUAUAACUCUAAAAUAAGAAUUUGCACUAUCUGCGCACACGAAAUUUCAAAUGUUGUGAUUGUAAAGUUCAUUCAGGAUUUUGUUUAAAACCCAACAAUUUGUUCAGUAGUAAUUUCAUGUCAUAUUUAUUAGUUUCAGUUUGGGUUUUUUUUCUCAUGUGAUGAGAAGAAACAGUGAAUGCUGGAAAUAAAUGUAAAACAGAU